GAGGCUGCAGACAUAAGGAGUGAACAUGGGUGAGAAGAAGCCAGAGCCUCUGGACUUUGUGAAGGAUUUUCAGGAGUAUCUCACGCAGCAGACCCACCAUGUGAAUAUGAUUUCUGGCUCAGUGAGUGGAGACAAGGAGGCAGAGCCUCUUCAGGGAGCUGGGACUGAAGGUGAUCAGAAUGGUCUGGAUCACCCUUCUGUUGAAGUUUCACUGGAUGAAAACUCAGGAAUGUUAGUGGAUGGGUUUGAAAGGACCUUCGAUGGAAAGCUGAAGUGUCGAUACUGCAACUAUGCCAGCAAAGGAACAGCACGGCUGAUAGAGCAUAUCAGGAUCCAUACAGGUGAGAAGCCACACAGAUGCCACUUGUGUCCCUUUGCAUCAGCUUAUGAGCGUCACCUGGAGGCCCACAUGCGCUCGCACACGGGCGAGAAGCCCUACAAGUGCGAGCUGUGCUCCUUCCGCUGCAGCGACCGGAGCAACCUGUCUCACCACCGCCGCCGCAAGCACAAGAUGGUGCCCGCCAAGGGGGCCAGGUCUUCCCUCAGCAGCAAGAAGAUGUGGGGCGUGCUGCAGAAGAAGACCAGCAAUCUGGGGUACAGCAGAAGAGCGUUAAUCAACCUGAGCCCGCCCUCCAUGGUGGUUCAGAAGCCAGACUACCUGAACGACUUCACUCACGAAAUCCCCAACAUCCAGCCGGAGGCCUACGAAGGCAUGGCCAAGCCGGCCCAGAGCAGCGGCUUGCCGAGAGACCCGCAGGACCUUAUGGUGGAUAAUCCUCUGAACCAGCUCUCUACCUUAGCUGGACAGUUAUCUAGCUUGCCCCCUGAAACCCAAACCCCAGCCUCUCCCGACGUCGUUUCCUGUCAGGAUGAAAAGCCUUUCAUGAUCCAGCAGCCCGCCGCGCCCACGGUGGUUUCAGCUGUGUCAGCGAAUAUCCCUCAGAGCUCCUCCCCAACCAGCCCGGACCCUCGGCCCGCACACAGCCAGAGGAACUACAGCCCCGUGGCAGGCCCCAGCAGCGAGCGCAGCGCCCACACCAGCACCCCCAGCAUAAGCAACAGCCAGCCCAGCACGCCGGCUCCCACCCUGCCGGUCCAGGACCCUCAGCUGCUGCAUCACUGCCAGCACUGUGACAUGUACUUUGCAGACAAUAUCCUGUACACCAUUCACAUGGGCUGCCAUGGCUUCGAGAACCCCUUCCAGUGCAACAUCUGUGGCUGUAAGUGCAAAAACAAGUACGACUUUGCUUGCCAUUUUGCAAGAGGCCAACACAGUCAGCAUUGACUGAGCAGCUGCCCUGGGUUAGGUUUUUAAUGUAUUACAGUCUAUUUUUCAUACUUGGGGAAGGAAAGCUUGCACAUGCCCAGGAGGAGGUUUUCACAUCCAUCACUUCGACAUAGGAGGCGAAUUUAUGUUGUUGUAAAACUUGCCAGGGAAAUUUAAUCUUGAGGGGUGGUGGUUGUUUUAUGUGCAGCCUUGCAAAAGCCAGCCAGGAGCCUGGUCUGAGGGCUGGAAAGCAUUCACCUGCUCUGGCUGCCGCAUCGAAGCUGCUUGCACCUAAUCCCAGCACACAUUCUACAACCGCAGAAGCAGAGCUUGUGUCCUGAGACACAGGAUGCAACUUGCAGACUGUUUACUAGGGCAAGACAAAGUAUACUCACCAUCAAAUAGGAAAGGUUAAU